AGCCGCGGGCGAUGUGAGCGCAUGGAGGCGGCGCGCAGCGCGUUCUCCAUCGAUGCCCUGAUGGCGCGCGCCGACGCCGCGCCGCCCCCGCAGCCACAGCCGCCCCCGCAGGCGUCGGCGCCGCUGCCGCUGCAGCUCGGUCUGGGGUUGCCACUGGGGCUGCCUCUGCCACUGCAGCUGCCGCUGCUCUACGGCGCCUGGCUACCCGUGUCGGCGCCGCCACCUCCCCCGCAGCAGCCGCCCCCGCCGCCUCCCCCCUCGCACAGCCCACCGGCGCCGGCUCCCGCCCCUGCGUCUGUGCCAGCGUCUGCCGUUGACGGUACCUCCGUCGCAGACAGGCGCGGCGACAUCCAGCACGCGGCCGUGGGCAGCAGCAAGUCGCGGCGGCGGCGCACCGCCUUCACCAGCGACCAGCUGCUCGAGCUGGAGCGAGAGUUCCACGCCAAGAAGUACCUCAGCCUCACCGAGCGCUCCCAGAUCGCCGCCGCCCUCAACUUGUCGGAGGUGCAGGUGAAGAUCUGGUUCCAAAACAGGCGGGCCAAGUGGAAGCGCGUCAAGGCGGGCCUGACGUCUGGUGCCGGAUCACGCACCACUGGAGCGGGUCCAGCACCCAAGAUCGUGGUGCCCAUCCCGGUCCACGUGAACCGGUUUGCUGUGCGCAGCCAGCACCAACAGCUGGAGAAGUGUGCUGGGCUGCGCGCCCCACACCAUCGACCGAGACCCGGCACGCCACCUCCAGGGCUGGCCGCCAUCUGAACGACACUGACCAGCCUUGUCCACAGGCACCGGUUCGCCGAAAUUCGCCAGGACCAACAGCUGCUCAUCUGGGGCGUCCAGUGCACACUGUUGGAUCUGCAGUGCUCCACUCCGCUACCUUCAGACCUCACCUUCAUUUGAGGGCCACACCACUGUCGCUGGUAUUCUGGCAUGUGGAAGGGUGCCAGAAGCAACUGUUUCACGCCACCACAUAUGCAGCACCUCACUACAGCAUCUCAAGCAUUGACCAUUACCUGGGAGUCACACUAAUGUAGUGACCAUUCUGUUCCCUGUGUCUCUUAUUGCAGUGAACUACCAGUACCUUCAGCUAGACAGACGGCUGGGCUGCACACAUCACUGCGCCAACCACAACCCCAGUUCUACCAGCACUGUGGUUCCUAUCGUAGUGUACAUGAACCAAAUUGUCGAGUGUAGCCAGCACUUGGAGUAGCACAACAGACUAUGUGAGCCAUUCGACAGUUUAUCUGACUGCAAAGCCCACAGUUUCCAGCUGAGGAUCUGCUGUUCACCUAUCACUUGAAGUAACACUAAACGGAAAGUGCUAUCAGGCCUGUCACGACGGUAGAGCAGCCGAGCUCUAGUCGCCAUCUGUAGACUGUUCACCAAGAAGAUGACUGCUAUUCCCACUUCGUUCACAGUAGGGAAUGUGCAUGUGAAUUCAUCACUCAGUGUCGUGCUAAAUUGAGAGUCUCUGUAACGUAUCUGAAAUAACAGAAAACGUAUUUACAAGACGUUUAUUCCGAUGAUUCACUGUAGUAUUCUGGACCUCGAGAAAUCAUCAAGGAAACUUUGACAGUGUGGAAAUGAUGCAUCCAAUAUACUUUAAAACUAUUCACAAAACACAGUAUCUAGUUCACAAAGACUCAAUUAUGCGUACUGUCUUAUUGAGAAAGCGCAUCCUGAAGGCCAAUAUAGUGAAUUGCAAUCAAACACAAAGUCACACCACAUUAUUGACCUAAAUCAGGACUAUGUUCAGUACGCUAUGCUACACCAUCCUACUAAUGUGACCACAGGAAGAUAUUCUGUACUUUCAAAUAGGAAACUUCUGAUAGUCUCCUACCUGCAUUCCAGAAUAAAAAACAGUGUUUGUAAGCACUCGACAGUUCCUCACGAGUAAUGGUGAAUCCAGUGAUUGAAAAUGUAUCAAACAUCUGAAUUCCUUCAGGCUAAAGUAGCUAAAAAUUCUCUUUGUAUCCCACAUGACUGAUUUACUUUCAGAGGAAAUGCUAGUGUUUGUGAACCUUAUAGAUAGGAAGGUAAUGUUUAGGCCAACUAUACAUUUGUUGCCUUAAUGCGGACUGGAAACUAUCCUAUUAGACGCUGAUCCGAUGAGGCAUAGGGCUAUAUGAGGUUUUGUGAUUUUGUACUGACACGUGAAACUAUGUUUGAGACAGAGUGCCUAGUUGUGAACUUUUAAAGUCUGUUACCAAGAAUGAAGCGUAUUUGGACACCAUAACAAGGAUUACCAGUGAAUACACUGCCAAAUAUUCACAUACGUGACAUUAAUUUCGCUUCGUGCCUAUUCUAAAGCAUUCUACAAAGUGAGGUGGCAGUAGCCAGUGUCAUUCAUGUAGCCCAGUGUUUUCCUAAAACAGUGCAGGCGAACACUGAAGUGAUAGGUAAAACACUCAAGCAGGUGGCCAAUAUCCUCAUUUCUCAUCGCUUCUUUCUCACAAUUUACUUGAAAACGAGACAGCAUUUCAUUACCAGUCGCUGCAGUAUUGCAGCUAAGGAAAGAAAGGAAAAUAAAAGCUCUUGUGCAGUUGUUUUGCCUUAUUACUGGUGGCCACUGUAGUAAGGGGAUUAACAGUGAGCAGUAUUUCUAUAACUAUGCUGCUCAUUGUAAUACACAUCCAGAGUAAAUUCGUUGAGAUGUCAGUACAUUUUGAGCUUCGUCUUUCAAGAAAAACUUUUCGUUUCUUCAACAGUAACAUGGCUGAUAUCUUCUCAUAUCCUUUUUAAAAUCGACUAGGGCUCUACCGUUAAAGCUUUCGGAAGGUAUCUCUGAACGGAGUCAAUACAGACUGGGAUUAAUAGCAAUUUCUAACAGCGACGUGUCUAACAUCUGCCAAAUAUUGUGUAGUUCUGCGUAGGCUUCAGCACUGAAUUUUGUAAUGUCGAUGACCUGCACCAGAAGACAGUGAUGGAUUUCGAAAUAUGAAAAAUCGACCUCAGAUACCGCAGCUUUGAUAGCUACUAUGGGGAGCCUCGCUGUCGUAGAAAAGAAGAUUUUAAUAGGACUGUUUCACUCUCUCCUUCUUUCCAAUUAUUUCCAUAUCAACUCCUUACUGAGAUGUGAGGAACAUUCACUUGUUCUCGGUGUUGUAAUAGCAUGUAAAAUGUGGAAUGUGAAGAGCAACAAUUCCAAUCCUAACACACUUCAGUUACCUUUAUAUUAUUGGAUUUCGAUUUUGAGCCACUUUAUUAGGUAAAGAACACAUUCCAACGUGUAAGCUUAUCCUUUUACCACAGUAAACCCACUCUGUAACACUCGUCACUAAUUAUACGUGUGGUGCCUCGCCUAUUAUUCAAUUUCUGUUCGUCGAUGAAGUAAGACAAGCUACAGUAAAUUUGUUCACAAUAUUGGUCAAGACUGCCUACCGAACCACUUCCAUAGAACGACCAUCAUCAAUAAUUAACCGUGACUUAAUCAUACUGCGACAUAAAGAUGAGUUUCUUUUUGAAAGACGGAAGCCAGCAAGCAUUUCAACAAGAAUCCGGCGUUCAACCACAAUAGUUCCUUUCAAAACUGACUUCCAGUACAAUAUCUAAUAAUGAAAUGGACUUCAUAUCAACGUAAAUGAGACUAUGAGUGUUCAAUAGUGACGUUGGAAAAAGAAAGCGGACUGUAGUUCUCAUAAACAAAUGUGCAGUCACGGACUGACUAGUCUGUUCAGUGAGUAACUAAUAUAAUAAAUGUAAUAUGUGUAAAAUA